AUGGGAUCUCGAGUUUACGUUGGACGACUGUCUUACCGAGCGCACGAGCGUGAUAUUGAGCGGUUCUUCCGGGGUUACGGUCGUAUAACGGAAAUACUGCUCAAGAACGGCUACGCUUUCGUGGAAUUUUCGGAUCGUCGAGAUGCGGAAGAUGCGGUUCAUGAUUUGAACGGUCGUUCGUUACUGGGUGACAGGGUAAUAGUGCAGAAUGCCAAAAGUCGUCCGCGUGGACGCGACAUGUACCGAGAACGGAUGCGUGAGCGAUCACGUUCACGAGAUCGAAGACGCAGUCGGAGUCGUGAUCGAAAACGAAGUCAUAGUCGUGAUCGAAAAAAGAGAAGACAUUCGUCAAGUGAAAGUGAAUCCCCUGAAGAUAAUCGUCGCCGCUCAUCAUCGCGGUCGCAGAGCCUAAGUCCAAAGAAAAAUUUUAAAAAAUCGGGUUCUGAUAGAAAACGGAAGCGUGACAGAAGUUCAUCGAGUCGUUCACCUAGUCCAGAUGCAAAAAAAUCUAAAGAUAAACAUAAGGAACGAAAAUAUCGGAGCAGUUCAGAAAAGGAAGGAAGUGCAGAUCGUGGUGGAGCAAAUACAUGUAGCAUCAUUGUUCGCGGUUUCGACAAUAAAGGCAAAUUUGAGAAGUGGUGCAUAAAUGUGAAUGUUGUAUUACAAACUACCGUUCGUUCACGUUCAUUCAUACAAUCCAUCCAUUCGUUCGUUCGUUCGUUCGUAUGCUCAUUGCGCACUCAAAUCGUCUGGUUCAUCCAACCAUAUCCAAAUCUUGCGUAUUGUCCAUGGCGAGACGUUCGUGCAUACAUUCAGUCGACGGACUACGAACCGCCUCAUCACAUGAUGCGUUCUGUUCAGACAACUCGUUCCGGAUUUGCAUCGCGCAGCCCCGUUCCGCAUUUGCAUCGCGCAGCCACCGCCCGUAACCAUUCAUUUGGAUUGUUGAGCCCGCGAAAUAUAUUCUAUAAAAUAGCGCGUUUAAAACAUAUUGCUAAGAAAUAUGGUGAUUUGACAGAUUUCGAAAUGCGCGAUGACAAUACUUGGUAUGUUUGA